AUGCUUGAAGGUUCCUUGAAAAGUUUCCAUGAUGCUUUCAGGGGCUCCAAGGUCCUUCGAAAGGAACCUGGAGAUGAUAAGUCCUUGAGAAGGUUCCAGGCGGCCGGUGAUGGAGCAGGGGGGCCGGGGGGACCGGGGGGACCGGGGGGCCCGGGGGGACCGGGGGGACCGGGGGACCGGGCGGACCGGGGGGACCGGGCGGACCGCGGCAGAGACAGCAGCCUGCUGAAGAACCAGCCGUACGACGAGAGCCUGGAGGUGGUCGACUCCGAGGAGGUGGCGAGCGUGUACAGCCCGACCCCCCGCAGCCUGAGACAGGUAGAGUCCAGGCGGAGCAGGAGGGGGCGUGGCCUAAUGUCAGCCACCAUUGGCACUGACCAAUUUGGGGCUGACCAAAAGGCUCACAGGGCCAACGAGGCCACCAGGAGGCCACUCGGGGUCAGUCCACACGAGGAAGAGGACGACGACGACGAUGACGACUCUGAUGAAGAGGAGGAUGACUCGGAUGACGACGACGAUGAAGAUGAUGAUGAACCCAGUGCGGCUCCAGAGGGGGCGUACGACCCUGCGGACUACGCCAACCUGCCCGUCAGCAGUGACAUCAAAGAGCUGUUCCAGUACAUCACACGAUACAGCCCUCAGAACAUAGAGCUGGAGCACAGCCUGAAGCCCUUCAUCCCAGACUUCAUCCCCGCUGUGGGAGACAUCGACGCCUUCCUCAAGGUACCGCGGCCGGACGAUAAAGAGGACAGUCUGGGUCUGCUGGUUCUGGACGAGCCGAGCGUGAAGCAGUCGGAGCCCACGGUGCUGACGCUGUGGCUGUCAGAGGAGAGCAAGCAGCACGGAGCGCCCGAGAUGAAGAAGGUGACGAGUGUGCCGAGUCCUCAGUCGAACCCUCGUGUGGUCGACAGCUGGGUGGAGAGCAUCAGCGCCCUGCAUCGCUCGAAGCCUCCGGCCAGCGUGCAGUACGGCCGGGCGAUGCCCGACAUCGACAGCCUGAUGCAGGAGUGGCCGGCAGAGCUGGAGGAGCAGCUGGGCCGCCUGCAGCUGCCCCCCGCCCGCCUCGGCUGCAGCACCGCCCGCUACGCCGACGUCAUCUGCGGUCUGCUCGACAUCCCCGUCCACAACUCCAGAAUCCAGAGUCUGCACCUCCUGUUCAGUCUGUACCUCGAGUUCAGAGACUCCCAGCACUUCACACGCAGAGCCUGACAGCACACACACACACACGGGCUGCACACACACACACACACACACACACACACACAC